CUAUGUUACUUCACUAUCUGUUCUUGAUGAAUUUUGUAAAAUAAAAGAAACAUCAACCACAACAAUUUUUAAAAUUAUUGUAUAGCUAGAUGUUCCUUUAUCCAUUCUAGCACUACAUCAAAAGUAGGGAAGGCAGGUAAAGGGUGAAAAAACUAGUUGGCCAUGAAAUUUUAGGCCAUAUUUUUCCCUCCUCAGAUGCAAACUGAAAACAUUUGGAAAUAAUAAAGGUGUGGAUUGUAUCAUAAAACAGAAGGAGAAUGAGGUGAUUGUACAUUAUAAGAUUAGGAGAAUAUCAUUCCCCUGCAUCCUUAUUAAAAAUAACGUGACAUGUUUAUUAUGAGUGAUGUAAGAUUAGUAUAUGCCAAUAUUGAGUAUAUAACAUCUACUUUUCUUCCUUUUUUAAUCAAUGUAAUAGGUUACUUAGCUCAGUUUUAAUUGUAAAGAAAUGGAAAUUUGCCCUACAUAGUUAUCUGUUUAAGAUUAAAUUUCUGGGGAAGCGUUUUAUGGUAGCAGAUUAGGAUUUAUGUGUCUGUGAUUUUGGAGUAUCAAAAAGAAAAAGUUUGCUUGUCCUAAGAAUUUAAAUUCAAAACUAAUUUACAUUCUCCAAAUUGACUAGGAAAAUAAAGGGAAUGGUGGUUUCACUAAUACAUGAAAUGCUCUUUAACAUGGUUUCUUUGUCUUAAUUGGUAUUUCGUGAUAUGGUGGUAUAGAAAAUGGAUUUUAAAAAUGAUUGAUGGCCUUUGUGACAAUCCUAGAAAUUCUGAAAUAUCAACUACCACUAACUUUAAAGGCAGUAAAAAAUUUUUUUGAAUUGGCUUCUUUAUGAAAUUUUAAAACUAUACAUUAUAAAGCUUGAGGGAACUUUAAUCUUGACUAAUAAAUGAUGUCAUGUUAUAUUCUGAUAGUGAUUUUUUUUUAUACUCUGGCAAAGAAUGUUUAUGGCAUUCUGUUCUUCUCCCAUUCUGAUAAUCCCUAUACUUGUUCUAAAGUAAAAAUGACUUGAGACAUUGUACCAAAGGCUAUUUGUCACAUUUUUGGAAGGAGUUUUAAGACCCAACUGAAAGAAAAAUGAACUGUAUAGAAGCACAGCAUUUUAUUGAAUUUCUUUGUAUCACUGAUCAUUUUUAUAUUGUCUUCAUUAAAACCUUUUAAAUGGAAUAGAAACUCACCAUUUUGUACAUUUAUUUAUAAAUGAACUUUUAAGCAAAUUCUAAAAACUAAUAUUAAAUGAAAUUAUGGCUUUCAUGUAGAUCAGUUUAGGUGAUUAGUAAAACUAAAUUUUCAAAGGAGAUAAUAACUUAACAUUGCCAUUAUUUAGGUUUGGCAAAACAAAUGUUAAAUAGGUCUCAUAUUUUAGAAAUGACAGGUGUUGAAUAAUUUUCAUUACUUGAGAAAUCAUGUUACAGUCUCACUGAGUGUAGGAAAGUUGAUUAUUCUUUAUCUGUACAGUUAGAGUUAAGUUCUAAGAGUCCAUGGUAAGUAAAAAUGGCCUAGUAAAUUUAUAGUAUUAGAUUGGUUCUUUAGUAUUCAGUUUUGUACCACCUAUUUUAGCCAUUGUUUUAAAAUUCCUGGAAAAAGGAAAAGGGAAAAUGAACAGUAAAUUAAAAAGCAUUUAUUAUGUUCUAUAGUGUGCUAAGCACUGGAGAUAGACAAACCACAAUCGAAGAGGAGCAUGGAAAAAAGAAAAAGACCUAUAAAAGAAACUUGCCAAAAUUGCAUUUUCUUCACAUGCUCUUACACUUAUUUGCUUGUACUUUUUAAAUAACAGAAGUAGUAAUAAAUGGUUCCUGUAAUAUUUAUAUGUCACCUAACAAUUUAAGAAGUCUGGAUUUGGAGUCAUUAAAGCUGAGUUAACCCAGUUCUGCUACUGCAUUUUUCUGGAUCUUAGUUUUCUUAUCAAUAAAGUAACGAUAUUAGACUAGAUAUUCUAUUUUGGGUAUCGCCUAUCCCUAAAUCUUUGGCUUUUUAAUCCCAAAUCCUCAAGCCAACAGAAAGGUAGGCUAUACAUGGUCUGAUUUAUGCCAGAGAUAUGCGAGACUGAAAUAAGAAAAAACCAUCAGAACAUAACAUUUGAAUAUCUUAGAAUCUGAUAUUAGAAUUAAUAGAAGUAUGAUCAAAUAGCAUCUUUAGAGUGGGACUUGAAGUUGUUAUCACAAAAAAGUAAUGACCAUAAUCCUCCUGAUUGAGGUUUUAUAUUAGAAUAGUUUUGUGGUCUCUGUAGACUUCUAGUAAGGCAGAACAGACUUGAGAAGUGGCAGAAAGUUGUGAUUUCAACAUAAUAAAUAGGUUUAUGGUGUAUGUUUUGUGUAACAGCCUGAGUUGUGAGGAGUCAAGAAAGCUAGGUUUUACUCACAGAUAAUAUGACUGUAGAAUUAAAAAGUUUAUCAGUAGCUUAUUAUAUGCAAGGUACUAAUAUAGGUCUUGGUAAUAAAAAAAGAUGAAAAUCUGCACUGCAUUCUUUUGAGGGGACAUAAUAGGUGUACAAGUAAGUAUAGUACAAGGUAGGGUGUGAUGGGAGUGCAAGUAAAAAUUCAAAGUAUUAUAAGGAAAUUUAGAGUAAAACUUUAACACUAUACCUUUUAUUGAUUCACGAAAGCAUGAAUGAGACCUUGAAGAAAGAGAAAGCUUCAACAGACAUUGGGAAUGGCAUGUGCAAAUAAAUGCAGGGAAGUAUUCGAGUUAAAGAUAGUAUAAUAUAACGAUAGUAUAUAAAAAUAUAGUAUAUCUUUAGUAUAUAGCAUAGUAUAAAAGAUAAAGAUAGUAUAAUAUCAACGACUAUGAUACAUAAUAUUGACACAUUUUGUAAAUUAUUAAAUGUAAUUAUUAAAAUAUAAUAAAAGAAUAGGUGUUAAUCCACUUUGGUUGGAAUGACAGAGGCUAUACAGGAGAGAGUAGACUGCUUAAAAAAAUGGAAAAUUAUAUUGGUGCCAAAAACCAGAGGGCUUUAAAUUACUGAAUUGCCCAACCUAAAGGCAACAAGGAAAUCCUAAAGGUAGAAAGAUAGGACAGCUUGGAGAAAGGAAAGACGGGUGACUUGCUUAGGAAAAAAAGGAAACUGCAAACUACUCCAGUAUCAUUGCCAAAAAAAUCCCAAAUGUGAUCAAGAAAAGUAAGAUAUAACCGGAAAAACAACUGAACUGAAAAUAUCCUAGAUAAUGGUUUGAACUCAUAAUGACAGUAUUGAUGAAAAUGUAGGUGGGCACCUAGGUCUUCGGCUUCCACGGCCCCGUUGCCCUGGGGUGUUCAGCUACAUUUUUGUUCUAGCUGGGGAGGGCGGAGCGCAUCCGAGAGCGCGUGCGACGCACUUCCGGCGUCGCGAGAUCCCGCCAUCCCCGGCUCUUGGUUUGAACGCGGUUUCCCCGGGAGACAACGGUGGGCGAGACCCAAGAAAAAGGCGAGCCAUGGAGCCGAAAUUAGUUAAGCCUCCGGGUCAGGACGUGGCCUUGGAGCGUCUCAAGAACCGUUACGGAAUCUGUAGCGCUUUCCAGUCUGAGUUUCUUGAUUUAGAUACUCAGGUCAGAUGUAAAAGCAGAAGAUCUCUUACCUAUACAGAUGUACUGGAUAAUUCUUCAUCAGAUCCAGUCAUGCCUCUGCCUACUGACUCAGCGGCAACAUUUUCUCAUAAUACAAGAAUAAAUUCUGCAAAACACCUCUGUGACUUGUUUAAGAAAAAUGUGAAUUGUCUAGAUGAUGACCUGGAUUAUUUUCAUGAUUUGAGUCCACUGGAAUUGGAAGAAGAGUUAGUUGAAGGUGAUCAGAACAUCAGUAUUGCACAGGCAGUUAAACCACUUGCAAAAGAAACACCUUUAGAUGUUACCUUGCUAUGUGAUUCAGUGCCGUGUAGUGAUUAUUUCUAUGAUGGAUAUUGUUCUCCCUCAAAGUAUAUUGACAAGUCAACGUCAUUUAACAAGAUGUCUAACAAACACAGGAAAAGUUCACUUCCACCUCAUAUCAAUCGGAUAUACAGUGAGUUAUCUCUGAUACAUCAGAAACUACAGCAAGAAACUGUGGGACAACAGGAAUUUGCUGCACAACUUCAAAAGCGGGAACAUUUUUUAAGUCAAAAAGAAGAGCUGCUAAUCCAACAUGAAGUUGCUUUGACUAAAAUUAAAAGUGUUGAAGAAGAAAUUCAUACAAAAUUUCAAAUUAUGAAAGAGCAUCACAUUGAAGAAAUUAAGCACUUAACAGAAGCUCUUAAAGAAAAGACUAAAGAAAACAAGAGACUCAAGUCAUCUUUUGACACACUGAAAGAAUUAAAUGAUACCCUGAAAAAACAGUUAAAUGAUAUAAGUGAACAAAAUAAGAAAAUGGAAGUUCAGGCUAAAAAAGUUCAAGGUCGUUUAGAGAAUUUACAGAGAAAGUGUGAUUUUGUGGCAGUACAGAAAUGUAAAGCUAUUUCUCCAUCACUUCAUGAAAUGAAAAUUACAAAACAAGAAAAAACAUCAACUUCAAGAAUUAACAAGGUUAAUGGACGUGUCUAUGAGAUUUUAAUUGUUUUGAUGGAAUGGAUCUCAGACCAUCAUCUUAGCAAAUUGAUGACAUCAGAAGAUGGUGAAGGAGAUGAUCAAAAGCAGUCAUGCCAGUUUUCUACUCAUAAAAGCUAUAUUCAAGAGAAAUGUAUAAAGCUUUUGCCUGUGAUUGCAGAGCAACUACAGUGGAUGCCAUUUGUUAACCUCAAACUGCAUUUGCCUGUAAUAAAAUUUAUUUAUUGGUCUAUAAGGCAGCUGGAUUACGGAACACAGCAUGCAACUAUGACAGCAACAAUGAGGCGACUGGGUGAAGAACUCUUCAAAGGAGUAACUAAGGGAAUUCAUGAUGCUUCUCCAGAACUUUUUGUGGCAACUAAGCCAAAGACAGCAGUUUUCUUUAAAAGCUCGAAUUUAUCUUUAAGAUUUCUGUCAACUUUAAUUGUACUCAAAACAGUAACUCAAGUUGAUUACCUGGCUCAGGCAUUUGAUUCUCUUUGUUUGGACUUGAAGAUAGAUGAAGGAAAAGCCUUGUUUUUGGAAUAUCAAGCUGUACCAGUUAUACUAAGUCAUCUAAAAAUAACCAAUAAAGGACUGCUUUCCAAUGUCAUGGAUAGCUUACUGCAAAUGACUGUGGAAUCUCGAUUCUUGCAGCCUUUCCUAGAAGCCUGUAGCAAUAUACUGUUUUUUCGUACUUGUUCUGUACUACUCCGACACCCGAAACUUGAUGUACAAAUAUUGGAAAAACUCAGCAUUAUACUUCAGAAACUCUCCAAAAUCAAGAGUAAUAAGAAGUUCUUUGAACUCUUUACACUUCAUCUGAUGCUUCAAGAAAUCCAGAGGACGGCAAAUCCAGAGCAUAUCUUUCUUUGUAUCAACCUUAAUUCAACUCUCUUUAAUUUGGGUUUAACUAAGUGUAAUUCCCUUGUUACUACUGCAAGCAGUUAGACAAGGUUAUUUUUUUUCUAUGCAUGUUACUUAUUUGUAAAAUUUGAAAGAUUGACCAGAGUGACUAAAAUUUUGCUAAGUGAAGUUUUAAAACAUGUUGUAGGACAGCAUUGUUUAUCAUGAAGGACAAAUGGUUAACAUUUUAAAUGUUUUUGUUUUUAAUUAAAUAAAUAGAUAUUGUGGAACUAUUAAAAUUCUUUUUUUUUUUUCAAAGACUGAUUAGUCAAUAUAAUAGACCAAACUUUCAGAGUACAUGGUAAUUGUAAAAGUAAAGGUUAUUUUUUGUACAAGUCUUUCAGGAAAAUCAUUUUAAAAUUAUGUGAUUGUUAAUUCUGAAUAAAGUUGAUAUUAACUUG